UCAAUUCUCUUGUAGCUAACAUAGUUACAUAGUUUCCAAAAUAAAACAAAAGUAUCUUAAAAAUAAUGGGUGUUAAUAAAAAAUAUUCUUUGUAUUAAAUCUUCAGAUGUAAAAAUUCGACGAUAGAACUAAGAAGGUGAAACUGUGAACAAAAUGAGGUACUGUAUGGGGAGUGUGGAUACUUAAUAAGUACUAUGUUGACAGAUCAGUGGUAUUAUGUGAAGAUGAGCGAAUAUAAUGUUUCAUUAAAACUAUCUGAACCUUGUUGAACCGUGAACAAAAACAUUUCUUUGUCCAUAAUAAUAAUAGAAAAAAAGAAAGCAUCAUUUGUGGGAAAAUUAAGAUGACUUGCGCCAAAAUAAGAACUGAAUAAGAAAAUACAGGAAAACAUGCAUCGUCACAUAAGUCCAUGAAGACGAACAUGGAUAAAAAUAAGAAAAAGAAUCAUGUGAAUGGAAAAUUUAAGAAGAAUGGCAAAUCUGAUAAUUAUAGAGCAGAAGAAGAUGUUGUCACGACCUGUUGUUUGUGUGUCAAAACGAAAAAGAGUAAAAAGAAAACACUAAUUGCCGGCUGUGUUACUAACCUUGGUAUAUUUGUUUUACUACUGGCUUAUACUUUACUGGGUGCUUUUAUUUUCUUAGCCAUCGAAGGUAGUGCUGCCAAGAUACACCAAAAGACAUUAGCUACUACUUCGUACCAAGCAACAGAUCAAAAAGUACCAUUAUCAAAAAUAAACGGAAGCAUCAGCCAAGCCAGUGCAGAGUUGAGAUCACAAACUGUGGAAAGUAUUUGGGAAAUUACAGUAUCAUUAAAUAUUUUGUAUAAAGAAAAUUGGACAAGAUUAGCAGCACAAGAAAUUGCUAGAUUUCAAGAGAAGCUGGUAGCUAGAGUGGCUGCAGACGUCUCAGCUCAGUACGGGGGUGCCAGGGCCUUGGAGUCAGCACCAGCGCUUGUUGUUGAUGACUAUGAAUGGGAUUUUGCAAAGGCAUUUCUGUAUUCACUUACAGUUCUUACAACAAUAGGAUACGGCAGCGUAGCACCCAGGACAGCUUUAGGCAAGGCUGUCACAAUAGGGUAUGCUGUGAUCGGUAUUCCUCUUACUUUAUUAUAUUUGUCAGUUGUUGGAGCAUUACUCUCUAGACUGGCCAGAAGCGUUUUCAGCAGAGCACUCUGUUGUUGUCUUUGCACAAAAUGUGGUUAUUGCUGUCUCGACGAGAGAACCAUGGCAAGCAAAGAACGAAAGGAGAAAGUAAGACGUCACGAUGACUACAGAGGACAGACUUUACAUCUUCAGGAACCGUAUUAUGUACGAUCACCAUCAGGUACUAUAAUAUCUGCGUCACAGGCACACAGUGUCAGUACAAAUUCUAUAAAAGAUAAGACGCAGAGUCUAAGUUUCCUCAGAGAUUGUGAUUCAAUGAGUUGCACUGAUACAGAUUCCAAAAUAUCCUUACGAGGAUUUUCAAUACUUGCUCCAGUUUCUUUAUGUCUGGCUGCUAUAUUUACUUAUAUAUUCUUUGGUGCCCUUGUUUUGUAUCAAUUAGAAGGUUGGAGUCCAAUAGAUGGUGUUUACUUCUGUUUUAUGAGUCUUAGCACGAUCGGUUUCGGUCACUUAGCCCCUGGAGCUACUCAAAGAAAUGGAGCGUCGUCCGGUACUGUCUGGUUUUGCUCAAUUUACAUUAUGACCGGGCUUGCUCUUACGGCUAUGUGUUUCAAUGUUUUGCAUGACGAAAUAGUUCAUCGUUUACGUCACCAUGAAAAAGUAUUGAAAGCGACGACUCAGAAAGUUCUGACUCCAGAGUUUCUGCAUCGGUCCUGACGGGAUGAAAGUGGUAAUUUAACUGAUGAUACUGUGGUUAAUUCUGAAGGCGAAUCUCUGCCUGAAGUAUUGCAUCAUGUUUCCAACUCAAGAUGGGAAGGCGGUGCGAUACGUCGAAAAGUUUAUACAAGUAGGGAAGAAAGAGAUCCUGAACGAUUGACACCCAUGUAGAUAUUGACCAAUAGAGGUUUUAAAUGCCGGAACUUGUCCCCAUUGUUUUAUAUAUAAUAACAAAAAAUUGUAUCACCAGUGAAUAGAAUUUAAGUAAUUUUAUAUGAGCUCAAAAUAAUACUGCAGUUUUCUUUUAAAAUAAUGAUUAUCAAUAAUGCUCAAGUUUAUUAAAAUGUAAAACAAUGUUUCUUGAGCUAUAUUAACAUAAGCUAUAUUGUUUGUGUUGAAAUUAAUAAACUUUGGGUUUUUGUACAUGUAGGCUGUCCAUUUGUUACGAUUUACCUACAACUUGUGUUUAUUUUUCCUAUCUUGUUUGGUAAUUCUGAAAAGUAAGAAAUUAAACCCUAAUACAUACUUUUCAACAAUUCCAUAAAGACAUUUAAAAACUUUGUUAGCUGUAGCAGAAAUGGUUAUAUUCAAGUUAACGUUUUAGUUUUGCUAUUUAUAUUUAUUGUAAUAAAGUAACAAACACAUAAUUACAGUUUACAGACAGACGAGACAGGGUUUGACCGCAAUGAUUAGCUAUUAACCACAAAUUCGACAAACCGCAGUUGAUUCCGCGAACUUUGAUUACAUUAGUAAUAUAUCUAAAUUGAUAACGUGUCAGUUUAGAAAUUAAAAUUAAUCAUUUGCUGACUAUUAUUAUACUUUAUUAAUUCAAACAAAGCUAUCAACCUGGCC